AUGAACUUAUCACAUAAGUAUGUAGUAGAAAUACCAGAAAAGGCUUAUCAAGUUCGCUUAAUUGAAUUUAUUACAAAAGGAAUCCCUGCCAUUACAAUGUCUUCAAUUUUACAUUACUUGAAUAUCACUUUAUCUAUAUACUUGUUGCUUUCAUUACUUUAUGAUGUUUUCACUAUUAUUAACGCAAUUUUCUUUCGUCUUUUCUUUCAUCCCACAUCGGAAAAUAACAAUCACAAAUCUAUUUUGAUUAAAUCCGGUUUUCUUACUCCUUCAGAAUACGUUUCUUUAAAAGAAUGGAUGAUUACAUUCAUAUUCAAUACAAAACAUUUAUUUAACGAGCCAUGGAUAGCAUCAAGUCCUCGUGAUUUUUGGUCUACUCGUUGGCAAUUGAUGUUUAGCGAAAUUUUUAAAGAAUUAGGUUACUUACCUGUCAGAAAUUUUCUCUCUUCAUUCGUUCCAAGGAAAUUUGCAAAUAUGAUGGGUGUACUUGAUGCUUUAUGUUUUAGUAGUUUAUUUCAUGAAUACCUUAUUAUUGGACAAUUUAAUAUUUGGACGGGUGAACAAUUCUUUUUCUUUAUGAUUCAUGGAGUAAUAAUAAUUUUAUGGGAAGCUGUGUUUGGCUAUGAGAAAAAAAAUGAGAUUACAAAAUGUAAAAGAUUUUUAAAAUGGGGUUUGUUAUUAAUUAUUAAUUUAAUAUUUAUACCAGCAUUUAUUGAACCUUUGAUAAGAAAACGUGAGAAUUUUCUUCUUCGAUCAUAUUUUUCUAAUCAAUGA